AUGCUCCAUAAGGAGCAUCUCCACAAGGUCGUCCUCUCAGCAGCUGACAUGUCUGCGGUCGGAGCUGCGGCCGUGCUGCUGCUGCUGAGCUGCUACUUCCUCACCGUCCUCAUCGUCCCGCCCUGCACAGGUCAAGGAAGCGACUGCAGCUGCAACGUCACCAACAGCCACUGUGAUGAGUCCGGAGUCUGCAGGUGUGACCCCGGUUGGGACGGCGAGCGCUGCGACCGCUGCGUGCCGACGCCCGGCUGUCGGCACGGGUCCUGUCAGCAGCCGUGGCAGUGCAGCUGUGAGCCUGGCUGGGGGGGGCGCUUCUGUGACAAAGACCUGUAUAUUUGCUCGGAGCAGCAGCCGUGUCAGAACGGAGCUACCUGUGUGAUGGAGGACAGCGGUGAAUACACCUGUCUGUGUCCUGAAGAUUUCCAUGGCAGAAAUUGUCAGCUGAAGACUGGGCCCUGUCACCAGAGGAGGUCUCCCUGUAAAAAUGGUGGUAUAUGUGAAGAUGCUGAUGGUUUUGCGGCACAGUUGACGUGUCGCUGUCUGGCUGGCUUCACAGGGCCACGCUGUGAGACCGACGUGGAUGACUGUCUGAUGAAGCCGUGCGGUAAUGGCGCCACAUGCCUGGAUGGCAUCAAUCGCUUCUCUUGCCUCUGCCCUGCCGGCUUCACCGGACGCUUCUGCACCGUCAACCUGGACGACUGCGCCAGCCGGCCCUGCCUCAACGCCGGCCGCUGCGUCGACCGCGCUGGAGGCUUCCACUGCGUCUGCCAGCCGGGUUACGCUGGAGCCACCUGCGAGACAACGCUGAGGAGCCGCGAUGCCCGCGAUCCUGCCUGGACGACGCUGGGCAGUAACAGCAGUCGUCACGACGACCGGCCGUUUAAGGUGACGGUGAGCGAGCGCGGUGCCACCAGCCUAUCAGAGGUCCAGCUCAUCGUCCUGCUGGUGCUGGCAGGGCUGACGCUGGGUGUGGUGGUGCUGACCGCCACCCUCGUGCUGCAGGGUCACUGCAGGGACCGUGGCCACGCCCCCUGUUGGCCGCCAACAUCAUCGUCAUCAUCAUCACCGCAAGGACAGAAGAGCAGGCGGCGAGCGCAGCAGGACGAGCAGGACUGUCAGAUCAGCUUCCUGAAUGCUGCAGAACCAGAGAAGAAGAAACUCAACACGGAGGUCAUAUAGACUGAGCGGGCGUCGGAACACCGGGAUGAACACAGGAAUGGGGGGCAUGCUCUCUCUCACCCCAGCUGGUUCGAAACCACCACCCCCACCCCCGUGUGAGCACUGCAGGGUCAGAGGUCAAAGGUCAGAGCUGUUGUCAUGAAACUGAAAACUUUAACUGACUUCGACCUUACAGCUCCACGGGCCUCAGGUUCAGUUCUGAACUGGGAUCCAGUUCAACAGGAGCUGGUCUGAGUCUCCCAGUGUACACCUGCUACUAUCUAGGAAAGGGACUGUGACAUCAUAACCUCUAAACUCAAACGGUCCUCAGAUCUCGGAGGUCUAACAGGGCAGUGAAGUGUGAGGGGUCACUCAGGACUCUCUUGGAUGACGUUACCACCCUGUGGGUUCAUGUUCUGACCAACAGUCUUAAUUAUUCCAACCUCGUGUCUGAGAAAGCAAGUUUUAUUGUGGUAGACGGGUCUGAGAACUACAACACCGAUGAGCCUCAGCUGCUGUUGCCAUGGAGAAGAGAUUCAGUCGGAGCUCAUUUAAAACACUUCAUCAUCACAGUUGUCAACAAACGCGGCUCCACAGCUACUGAAUUCUGUCAGAACUGAGCCAGAAUUUAACAAUGAACCGGUUCCAGCUGCAGAUUCUGUUUUCUCAUCACCGUCGUCUGUACCUUCCACCUGCUCAUGUGAAAGAACUUUAAGCUUUGUGACUGGAUGUUUCUUGCCCAGAUGCAUCUUGGGAGUCACAGUUAAUUUUCCCCCUGAAACUUUUAUGUUUUUACCUUUGACUUUUCAUCAAAGAACCAGAUUUUUUCUGACACAGUUGUGAGUCACUAAUAAUGUGUAAUGGGGCCGAGAGUCUGAAACUACUGCUCACACUUCAUAGCUCUAGUGACCCAAAAUAUUAAUGAUAUCACUUUGUUGGACAACAUACUGUAUAUUUCUUUGUUCAUUGAAUGACUUUUAACAAACAAACAUAUAAUUAGUCAUGUAUAACCCAUAUACCAUGUGAAACAUGAAAUAUUUCCUUUCUUGGUGUAAUACCGAUGCUUAGACAAGCUUCAGACUGAAUAUGACUGACGUCGACUAAAAACACUGGAGACACUUUUUGUUGUUUUUCUGCUGAAUGUUUAAUGCCCCCCCCAGUGACUUCAGUCUGAGGGCCCUGCUCUGAGCCAACGUGUGUUUCGAUAUUUUACAGUGUGUUUUAA